AUGGAGACGAUAUCACGACUAUCGACAUUUCUGGAGAGUGCUCGGGACCUGACUCUCGAUGCCUCGUCAGCAGCACGAAGCUUCCGGAGCUCCACCUCCAGGCCCCUCGACCGGACACAGGUGAAGAAGCUCCUCGACAGCCGCAAUGAGAGGGAAGUCUUGGACGGAUUGCGGAGGGUCAUCUCGAUGAUGUACCGCUCGCAAAAGACGCUCCCCUUCUUCUCGUCCGUCGUCAAGAACGUCGCCUCUGCAAACCUCGAAAUCAAGAAGCUCGUGUAUAUAUACCUGUUGCACCAUGCCGAGCAGGAACCCGACCUGGCGCUGCUGUCGAUCAACACGAUCCAGAAGUCCCUCUCCGACACCAACCCACAGGUGCGGGCUCUGGCACUGCGUACAAUGUCCGGCAUCCGGGUUCCCGUCAUCAGCCAGAUUGUCUCCCUCGCCAUCAAGAAGGGCGCUGGCGAUAUGAGCCCGUAUGUGCGCCGAGCUGCUGCCCUGGCGAUACCCAAAUGCUACCGCCUCGACCCUAGUCAGCUGCCCCAGCUGCUCGAUUAUCUUACGACUCUUCUUGGCGACAAGCAGUACUAUGUUGCUGGAGCGGCCGUGAUGGCAUUCCUCGAAAUCUGCCCCGAAAGGAUAGACCUGAUUCACAAGCAUUACCGCGGCCUGGUCAAGAAGAUUGUGGACAUGGACGAAUGGAGUCAACUAGCGACGCUCAGGAUGUUGACCGUAUACGCAAGGAAAUGUUUCCCGCGGAGGACGAGGACUCUCAGGAAUCAAGACGCCCCGGCAGACCUGCAAGAAUUCUACGGGGAAGGCGAAAGGCAGGAGAACGAAGGCGAGCAGGUGGUAGUCCUGGACCCGGACCUGGAGCUUUUCCUGAGCAGCAUCAAGCCUCUACUACAAAGCCGCAACUCGGCUGUGGUGGUAGCAGUCACGAGGUGUUAUGCGAAUCUGGGCACGGCAGACUACAUCAAGCUGGCGAUCGGUCCUCUCAUAGCUCUUCUCCGAGGGCCCCAGGACACGCAGCAGAUUGCCCUGUAUAACAUCGUUUCCAUAUGUCUACCGAGGCCGGCAGAGUUUGUCAAGUAUGCCUCGCAUUUCCUCAUCCGGGCCACGGAUUCACCUCCGGUGUGGGAGUUGAAGCUCGAGCUCCUCACACUCAUCUUUCCCCACAGCCCGCCCCACGUCAAGUCUCUGAUCCUCAACGAGCUCGAGCACUUUUCGCAAGGCUCAGACAAGACACUGGUGCGCGAGGCCGUGCGAGCUAUCGGAAGGUGCGCGCAGGCAGACCCUUCGGCGUCAGCUCGGUGCCUACGCCUCCUCCUCUCGCAGAUAUCGAGCCUGGAUGGGACACUCGCCGCAGAGAGCCUGACGGUCAUCAGGCAACUGAUCCAGCAAGAACCCACGGCUCACACCGCCACCGUCAUCAGGCUAGCCAAGAACCUGGACUCUGCGACAGAUGCGCAAGCGAGGGCCACAAUCAUCUGGCUCGUGGGCGAGUUUUCGGGCUUGAAUGGGGAGGACAACAUCGCCGCCGAUGUGCUCCGGAUUCUGCUCAAGGACUUUGCCAGCGAGUCCGAGGUUGCGAAGCACCAGAUCGUCCUGCUCGGUGCCAAGGUAUACCUGCACCACCUCAAUAGACAGGCAGAGAUUGCCAAGGAGGGUGAUAGUGAACAAGCAACACAGCCGCCGCCUCUUGAUACAGAUCACCCAGUCGUGCGGCUAUGGGAUUACGUGCUCCUCUUGGUCAGAUACGACACUUCAUACGACCUGCGUGACCGGGCACGCCUCUACAAAGCGCUGCUGAACGUCCCGCAGCUGGCAACGCUGAUGUUGUUGGCACCGAAGCCGGCACCGCAGGCGCCGAGUCCCUCCGAGACGAGAAAGGGAUUCACCUUGGGGUCCGCGGCCCUUGUCCUCGCCGGCGGAGGCGGCGUCCAUGGUCUGCGCGGCUACGAACCGCUGCCGGAGUGGGUGGAAGCAGGCCAUGAGCCGGACCCGUCGCUGAGGGCAAGCGACAUUCCCACUGCCGAAUACGGCGUCAGGAGAGCUGUCCCGGCGGCUGAGAGCCUCGACAGCGCCGUUCAGGCCAAGCCGGGGAGGACGAACGGGCUGGGCGAGAAGGUGGGAGGCAAGACGCUCGAUGACUGGCUUGCUGAGGGAGACGACGGCGACGAAGAGAACGAGAGUGGUGAGACGGAGGAGGAGGAAGAGAGCAGUGAGGAAGAGGAGGAUGACGAGGACGAGGAGGAGGAAUCAGAAGAGGAUGAGGAAGAUGACGAGGAAGAGGAGGAGAGCGGGGAUGAAGGAGAACAGGACAAGCUAGUCGCAUCCUCACGAUAG